AUAUCCCACAAAAAUUUAAAAAUUUUCCCACUUAACCAAAAAAUGUUUAUCGUCAUAUUCCUCAUUUUACUCUCAACUCUCCCCUCAACAAUAUUUGCCCUAAAUUGUUAUCAGGGACAAACUGCUUUAAAUGCCCAGCUGUCAGGGAGUUCUGCAGCUUGUUCUAUGAGCCCUACCGUUGCAUGCACAAAAUCCGUUGAUUAUGUUAAUCAAAUUGUAAUGAGGGGAUGUCAGACAAGCAACUGCACGUUCUUAAACGGAACGGUUAACUCAGCAGGAGGGUGUUACAAUUCAACUACAAAUACCCAAAGCUAUUGUUGCUGUUAUGCUGAUAGUUGCAACUGGGCAAUAAGAGGAGAAGGAGAAUUAAAUAAAAUUUUGAUUAGUGGAAUUUUGGCAGUUUUUGCUUUGCUUUUUUAA